GUCCUAAAACACUUUCAGAUACUUUCUCUAUUUUAUAUUUUUGCUCCUUUCUCGCCCUCUACUAUCAAAGAAACAUAUCCCCUCUGGAUAAAAUGGGAAAAUGAAGGCAAAAACAUUGAAAAUAGGAAGAAAAUAUGUUCAGUGAGAAAGUUAAUGUUUUCAGACAUCCUGGUUUUAGUGGAUAGCAAUGGCAUUUGCCAACAUUUUUACUAAUCCAGCCAUUCUGAAUGUUAGUGAAACUAUAUGAAAAUCAGAGGUCUGGUAGGAAAGAAGUAAUAAGCAUCUGAAGGAUGAGAAACCAUACAGAAAUAACAGAGUUCAUUCUUCUGGGGUUGACAGAUGACCCAAAGUUCCAGGUUGUGAUCUUUGUCUUUCUGUUCAUCACCUAUAUGCUCAGCAUCACUGGGAACCUGACCAUUAUCACACUCACCCUGCUGGAUUCCCACCUGCAGACCCCCAUGUAUUUCUUCCUCAGAAAUUUCUCCAUAUUAGAAAUUUCAUUCACGACUGUCAGUAUACCCAAGUUUCUGGGUAACAUUAUUUCAGGAGAUAAAACCAUUUCCUUCAAUAAUUGCAUAGCUCAGUUAUUUUUUUUCAUUCUCUUGGGAGUCACAGAGUUUUAUCUUCUGGCUGCCAUGUCCUAUGACCGCUAUGUGGCCAUCUGUAAACCUCUGUAUUACUUGAACAUCAUGAAUCAAAGAGUCUGCACACUGCUUGUUUUUACUUCUUGGCUGGUUUCAUUCUUAAUCAUAUUCCCAGCACUCAUGUUGCUUUUAAAGCUUGAUUACUGUCGGUCUAAUAUUAUUGACCAUUUUACCUGUGAUUAUUUUCCCAUGCUGCAACUUGCUUGUUCAGACACAAAAUUCCUAGAGGCGAUGGGAUUUUCUUGUGCUGUGUUUACUCUGAUGUUCACAUUGGCAUUAAUAUUUCUGUCCUACAUAUACAUCAUCAGAACAAUUUUGAGAAUUCCUUCUACUAGUCAGAGGACAAAGGCCUUUUCCACAUGUUCUUCCCACAUGAUUGUCAUCUCCAUCUCCUAUGGCAGCUGCAUUUUUAUGUACAUCAAAUCCUCAGCAAAAGAUAGAGUGUCCUUGAGCAAGGGAGUGGCAAUACUAAACACCUCAGUAGCCCCCAUGCUGAAUCCCUUUAUUUACAGCCUGAGAAAUCAGCAAGUCAAGCAAGCUUUCAUUAACAUGGCAAGGAAGACUGUAUUUUUCAUAAGCACAUGAAAUGGUUUGUAGUGAUGAAUUAGUCAAUAAAAAACUGAAAAUUAUUAUUUUUAAAAAUCUAGUUACAUUUCAAGAUGUGUAAUUAGUUUUGAUUAUUUGACUUUGGUCAAAUAUUGGUAUUUCAUCAUUACCAAUGCAUUAAUUGUUUUAAAAUUCCUGAAA